GCGAUGCAUCCCAAAACGCUUACGGAGCUUGCAUUUAUAUGAGAUCCAUAUCUGAAGGCAAUGAGGUCAUGGUGCGACUUCUUUGCUCUAAGUCCAAGGUAGCGCCACUAAAACCCACCACAAUUCCACGCUUAGAGCUUUGUGCCGCUGGUCUCUCUGCAAGACUCUGCAAACAAGUAUUGGAGUCGAUUAGAUUCGUUCCUACAAGAGUCGUAUAUUGGAGUGAUUCUUCAGUAGUAUUGGCCUGGAUUAACAGCAAUCCUAACAAACUAAAAACUUAUGUGGCCAACAGGAUAGGCGAAAUACAGGAGCUCACUAGCCCACAAUCUUGGCGAUAUGUGCCCACUAAAUCCAAUCCCGCUGAUUUGAUCUCACGCGGAGUAAACGGCAGUCAACUGCCUCUUAACAAUUUAUGGUGGUAUGGUCCUGAUUUCUUGCUCCGAAACGAGUCCCAAUGGCCUCAACUUAACAAAAAAUACGAAGAAGACUUACCUGAAGUCAAGGUCCAUACAGCCGUCGAAUCUGAAAUUAAUUUUGAUUUUAAAAAAUAUUCUAAAUUUACAAAACUUCAAAGAACUUUUAGUUACAUUUUACGAUUUUUACACAACUCUAAAAAACAAAAUAAAAAUAAUAAACUUACCGGCAUUUUAUCAAUUGACGAAUUAAAUAAUUCUUUUAAUUUUAUUUGCAUGCUUUCUCAAAAACAAACUUUUACUUCUGAAUUUGAUAAGUUGUCAAAUAGUAAACCUUUAAGCCCAAAGUCAAAUAUUUUAUCGUUAUCUCCAUUUUUUGAUCAUCAGGCGAAUCUUAUAAGAGUCGGUGGCAGGCUCAGUUCAUCUGAAUAUAAAUUUGAAAAGAAGCAUCCCAUUCUUCUAAAUUCAACUCAUCAUGUGACGAAGCUUCUAUUUGAACGCGAACACGUUCGAUCUCUGCAUGCAGGACCGCAACUUCUGUUGUCGAUUAUCCGCGAGUCUGUUUGGCCUGUCAAUGGCAGAAAACUAGCUAGGCGCGUUGUCAAAAACUGCGUUACCUGCACACGUCUUCGUGGUCAGACCUAUAAUCCAAAAAUGGCUGACUUACCUGCAAAUCGUGUCAACGUUGACUUUCCCUUUAGGUCUGUUGGAGUGGACUAUGCGGGCCCUUUCUUCAUUCUAAAUCGUAAAGGACGCGGUGCUAGAGUAGUUAAGUGCUACUUAUGUCUGUUUGUGUGUUUGCGCUUAAAAUGCAUUCACUUAGAGGUCGUAUCUGAUUUGACAAAAGACGCUUAUAUUAUGACACUUCGCAGAUUUGUGGCACGCCGUGGAAAGCCAACCGAAAUAUUUUCCGACAACGGUAAAAAUUUUGUUGCUGCCGCGAAAGAACUAAAUAAUUUUCUAAAGGCUAAUCAAGAACCUCUGUCUGAGUUUGCUGCUCAGGAGGGAAUAAAAUUUUCUUUUAUCCCCGCUUACGCUCCUCACUUUGGUGGAAUAUGGGAGGCCGGGGUUAAGUCCGCUAAACAUCAUAUAAAGCGAGUCAUGGGCAAUACCCAUCUUACGUUUGAAGAGCUUUCGACAUUGUUUGCUCAAGUUGAGGCUAUUCUCAAUAGCCGUCCUUUAUGUCCCAUGUCAUCUUCCCCGAAUGACUUCCUAUCCUUGUCCCCAGGGCACUUUUUAAUUGGAAGACCAUUGAAUGCACUACCGGCUCCUUCAUUGGAUGACGCUAAAGAGAGCUCCCUGGAUAGAUAUGGCAGACUUGAACAAAUCCGCCAACACUUCUGGAAGAGAUGGCAGAAAGAGUAUAUAUCAGAAAUGCAACUACGAACAAAAUGGAAGGUUGACAAAUCAAAAAUAAACAUUGGAGACCUCGUACUGCUUCAAGAGGAUAAUUCUCCACCACUUUGUUGGCGCAUGGGUCGUAUUGUACGAUUAUUCCAUGGAACUGACGGCGUUUGUCGAGUUGCGGACGUCGAAACUACAAGAGGCUGCGUUCGAAGACCUUUGGUUCGACUAUGUCCUCUGCCCACUUCUGAAGACCUUCAAGCUUGAAAAUCUACGCUUUUCACCGGGGGGAGGAUUAUGUCUACGCCUGUUAAUUUAUAAUAGCAAUCGCGCACCCACCAUCAUAGAUUAUCAUUUUUAUUUUUAUUUUAUUGGCCGGGUAGAAUGUAAUUUUUACACUUAUCUAAAAUACUUUGUACAAAGGUGUGUCGGUCUCGAAAAUAAAUUGUUUUAAAAAGGAAUAUUGAGUUUCCCUAAAGAAAUUCCAGUUCCCAAGCCUAAAGCG